GCAAACAAACAACAACAGCAAGAAGCCCAGUUCCAACCCAAACACACCGCAUACUCUUCCCUACAAUAAUCUUGAACAUUAUUAUUUUUCAAAACUAAAACAAAAAAUGAAAAAGAAGAAAAUAUAGCAAUGAGUGAUUCAUUCUCCACAAAAAUUAAGUUCUAAAGAAAGAAAUCUUCACUUAUUAUGCUGGACUGCUUCAACAAAGCAAAAUGAAUCACUGUGUUCCAGAUUUCGAAAUCCAAAUGGACGAUGACGAAGAAUUCCCAAUUCCCGUCUCAAAGAAACCCUCAAUGCAAAACGACGAGAUCAUGGAACUGUUGUGGCAAAACGGCCAGGUUGUGAUGCACAGCCAAAACCAUCGACCACUCAGAAAACCGCCGCAUACGUUGGUUGCCGGCGGAGUCUCUCCGGCUAGGGAUAUUCGAUCCUCUGAAGCAGAAAACUACGGUAACCAACACUUGUUCAUGCAAGAAGACGAAAUGGCUUCGUGGCUUCACUAUCCAAUCCACGAAGAUCCUCCUCCCUUUGAUCACCACGAUUUCAGCGCCGACAUGCUGAACCCGCCGCCGACAAACGAAAUCGCGAGCGUGACUCACAAUAGCGCCGCCAUACAAUCCUCCUUUCGCACGACGGAGCUUCGACAUCCUGCUCCUCGUCCGCCGAUUCCUCCUUCUCGGCGGCCGGUGCCGGCGGCAAACAGGAUGCAGAAUUUCUCACACUUCUCGAAUCACGGCAAUUCAUCGUCGAGUUCCAAGGCCACGGCGGCACAACCGACGGUGGUGGAUUCGUGCGAGACGCCGGUCGCGACGGCAGAGCACGCUGAAACCGGUCGCGCUAGCGUGACCGCCGCCGAUGCAGGUAAGGUGGCGGAGUCUGGACGAAGGGAGACGGCGACGUGCGAUGUGACGGUGACGUCGUCUCCUGGUGGUUCAAGCGGGAGCGCGGAACCAGUUCAGAGGGAACUUGACCGAAAGAGGAAGGGGAGAGAACCGGAGGAAUCAGAGUUUCUGAGCGAGGAUGUAGAUUUUGAAUCUCCGGAAGCUAAAAAACAAGGGCGUGGUUCUACAUCUACUAAGAGAUCCCGUGCUGCAGAAGUCCACAAUCUCUCAGAGAGGAGGCGUCGAGAUAGAAUUAAUGAAAAAAUGAAAGCUUUGCAAGAACUUAUACCUCGAUGUAACAAGUCUGACAAAGCUUCAAUGUUGGAUGAAGCAAUUGAAUAUUUGAAGUCACUGCAAUUACAAGUGCAGAUGAUGUCCAUGGGAUGCGGCAUGGUACCCAUGAUGUUUCCUGGAAUCCAGCAGUAUUUGCCGCCAAUGGGAAUGGGAAUUGGCAUGGGUAUGGGCAUGGAAAUGGGAAUGAACAGACCGGUAAUGCCAUUUCCCAAUAUGUUAACUAGUUCAACUUUGCCAGCAGCAACUCCAGCUGCUCAUUUGGGACCGAGGUUUCCCCCUGUGCCUCCUUUCCAUAUUCCCCAUGUUCCUGCCCCUGAUUCAUCCAGAAUGCCAGCACCAAAUCUGUCAGAUAAUAGUAUGCUUAACGCACUCGGUACCCAAGGUCCAGAUCAAUCACGUAUCCCAAACUACACUGAUCCUUAUCAGCAAUACGUCGGCCUCCAACAGGUGCAGUUACAAUUAAUGCAGGCAAUGAACCAACCAAAUGUGAGCAAGCCCAGUACCAGUAGGGGUCAAGAGAAUCCAGAAAAACAUCAGUCAGGUAAAUUGCCAUUCUAGUCUUCUCAAUUUAAUUUGUUCUUAAUAUAUUUAUGAAAGAUACAUGCUAUUUUUUGAAAUCCAAUUGGACCGCUCUUGCCUUUAGAUCAAUGUGGUAGUGCGAUUUUAAGUAUAUACGAACAGACCUCUUUUUCUACUACAUAUUUCAGACAAGUCAUAACACUAUUUGUCAAUAAUUCACCCUCUUUCCUUUAACAUAUAUUUAAAUUAUACUUCUUUCUAAUUUAAAAAAAAAUGAAUUGUCUUCUUAGUAGAUAGAAAUAAAUAUGAAUUACACUUUAAUUUAUAAAGAAAACUAUGAAACAAUGAUAAAUAAUUAUGAUUGUGUCCCAACAAUAUUCUGUCUUUUCCUUCAAUUUUCGUUGCCAUUACUAAUUUUAAUACUUUGGUGAAAAAUUUAACUUCUUCUACCAUUGACUAUAAAAUUGACUGCAAGAAAAAAAAAAACUUAUCUAGGUUAAAAUGGACUCUUUAAAUAGACACAAAGGAAACAAGUAUUCAUCUGUUAAGAGAGGGGAAGAAAAAUGUAGGUAUCUUUGAGAGAAAUGUAAUUUACUAUAUUUGUUAUGUAACUCUUGAUGGACAUUAUAAACGAACCACUAAUGUCUAAGGUCCGUU